AAAUAUGAAGUCAAAAUCAGGUUUACAAGAGCACUAAGCAUUCGGUUUUUUUGGCUCUAGUUUCACCCACUGAGAAAAACAGUGGGUGAAACUAGAGCCGAAAAAAAAACCGCAUGCUCUCGCAGCAGACAGCAGAAUAUUAUGAAGAAAUCUAAACCUGGCUCGUGACGCCUAUGAAGCAGCCCUAAGAUCCUUGUUUUGGGCCCCCAUUGGACUCAAUGAAUUACUGGAAGUGAAAUUCAAAUUUCCCUUCAACCUAAGUGGCAAGUUGACAAUGGUUUUUUAACACGCCAGUCAUGGUGCAUACUGAAAUCAUGGUGCACAGGUUGGGCCCCAGAACAAGGAUUAUUUUUAUAUAGUAAUAGUUCUUUUUAAUAAAUUCAACAGAUAAAUAUACAUGUCUCAAGUUAUAACAAAUAAAAAAAUGGUUGAGAGCUCUUAGAACAAUAAUAUUGUACAUCUACUUACAUUAAGGACUUAGUAUCAUAGCUAAAGAUAAGUCUAUUCACAUAGGACGAUUUGAAGCGCUCUGUUGCCACUAUAGGAUAAUAAAAGCAUGGUUUUCUUAGUGUGUAAUUGGUGAAAUUCCUUUCCAGUAAAAUCUUCACGACAAAAAAAUUGGUGCUGUCUUGCAGACAGAGAAAACCAGAGGGGUAGCUUUAACUGUGGCCCAGGCUUCAUUAUCAUGGGUGUUCUUGAAAUUAACAAGUCAAUUUUUUAUUUAACUUCUUGUCUUUUACAGAAAUAUGCAAAAAGAUCAAAGUGAACCCCAAGGUAUCUUAACAUCUAUUGAAACUUUUGAAAAGAAGGUGAUGCCAGAUGAGCACUGCUAUGGGCGGUGUAGACCAGUCACUGAGUUUGAAAAGCUCAAUCGAAUUGGAGAAGGAACAUAUGGUGUGGUGUACAGAGCCCGAGAUACUGUCUCUCAUGAAAUAGUUGCGCUGAAAAAAGUGCGCAUGGAGAGGGAAAAGGAUGGAAUACCACUCAGUGGUUUGCGUGAGAUAAGUCUGUUGCUGAAUCUGGGCCACAAGAACAUUGUACAACUUAAAGAAGUAGUUGUGGGAAGACACCUGGAUAGUAUAUUCCUUGUUAUGGAGUACUGUGAGCAGGAUUUAGCAAGCUUGUUGGAUAACAUGUCCUUGCCGUUCAAAGAAGCAGAAAUCAAAUGUCUAAUGUUGCAACUUUUUCAUGGAGUUAAGUAUCUGCAUGACCGGUUCAUUGUGCAUCGAGAUUUGAAAGUGUCCAAUCUUUUGCUAACUGGAAAAGGAAUGCUUAAAAUUGGUAAGUCGAUGGAGGAGACUUUUCUUAUGCACUAAUGUUGUUUGCUCACUCAAUAUUAAUCCAGAGAACUCAAGAUAGAUGCCAAAUUAUAUUUUCUAAAAUAUUGAGUAGAAAAUGCUUCCAUGUGAAUGUACUACCAAAGAGGUUUUAUUUGAAUGAUCACCCCGAAGAAUUUCAUUCCCAGACUCAAGUUACAUACAUAUUAUGUCUUCCAAAGUGAAAGAUUUUGUUGUAUAAUAAUUGUAAUGUAUUGUUGUGAUGGAGCUUUAGGACAACAUGUCCUCUUGAUAUUAUUGGUUAACAGCAAGAAUAAGCUUAAAUGUCAGCAUACAAUCAAGACACUAACUAGCAGUCACUAUCUGUUGAUUUAUAUAUGCUUACAGUAACCCAGCCAGCCUAUGAUAUGUAUAAUGUGUGAGGUUAUUAUCAUAGCAGUAGAGGUUGACCACACCCAACUCGUUUUAACAGCAGUGUAAUAAUGACAGGCCUAAUGCUGCUGGCUAUUGGCUCCUUAUAAUGCUAUGUUCAUACUCUACACCAGAUCAAUCUUUGCACCUAAUUUGGAAAUUCAACUGGUAUAAUUUGAACUGCCCCACAAAAGACAAUCCAUAACCAAGCUGGUGCAGUAAAAGGGUCUAUCACCCGAAGAAACAAACAGAUCACCAUAAUGGUGGUUUGUCACAAUAAUAUUUUAUUUCAAGGCAAUUUUUAGGCCAAAUUAAAAUAAUUAUUGUGUUAAAAGUUGCAUUUUUUGCAUGUUUUUAAAAAGCCACUUAGAACAUAACCCACAGUGUAGACACAUUGUUUAGGUAAACGAAAACAUCGUGGUUAUUUUGGUAGUGCAAUGGCUGCCAUCGUUGAUAUUAUCACUGAAUAUUGGGGAGAAUUGAAAUAGCAACCCUUGGGGGUAGGUGUUGAGGCAAAAGAAGGAGGCGGGGGAAGGGGAGGGGAGAAUAAAGUGAUUUUUGAAAGUUUAACCUUUUGGUAUGUGUCCACAAAAACACAUGGAUUUGUUACUAUCAAAAAAAAACUGACAGCUGCAAUGAAGGUAUAAAAGGCAGUCAGGGCUGUGCUUUAGCUGAGCCUGGUGGCCCCUGCCUCCCAAUUUUUGCUCUUGGGCGACUAGAAAAUCUUCGUCUUUUCAUGCAAAUCAUAUGCUGGCACCCUGGAUUUUACUGGUCCGGAGUACUGGGCUGCAUUCAAUUUUCCUUAGAGCACAGCAUUGGAAAAAGAUUGAAAGAGAACUGAUUUGUUUUUUUUUUUGUUUUGUUUUGUUUUUUUUUAAUCAGCUGAUUUUGGUCUGGCUCGUGCUUUUGGUUAUCCGUACAAACCUAUGACACCUGUAGUGGUAACCCUGUGGUACCGUGCACCGGAACUCCUGCUAGGAUCCAAAGUACAAACUACAGCUGUAGACAUGUGGGCUGUUGGCUGCAUAUUUGGCGAGCUGCUCGGUAACAAGCCAUUGAUGACUGGAAAAUCGGAGAUCAACCAGUUUCAAUUGAUUGUAGACUUACUAGGAACUCCCAGUGACCAGCUUUGGCCAGGAUUUUCAAAACUGCCCGGGGCCAAAUCUAUGAACUUCAAACGACAGCCAUACAAUAACCUUAAACACAAGUUCUCGUGGUUAAGUCCCGCGGGACUAACCCUUAUAAAUCACCUGCUGAUGUACGACCCAUGUAAACGGGCCUCGGCAGCUGACUGUCUGGAGAACUCAUAUUUUGUUGAGAAGCCACUUCCGGUUGAACCGGAUAUGAUGCCCACAUUCCCGGAACACCGGAACCGGAACUAUAGUAAAAGGCCAUCUGAUUAUCAGGCUGGAGAGAAACGGCCAGUUGCUCAGGAAACUGAACACUCGUUUAGUAGAGGAUUUGCCGACUUUGGACCACAGCUGCCACACACGAAAAAGAGGAAGUACUAA